AUGAAGGCCUCUACCAUCUUCACCACCCUCGCCGCAGUCCUCCCUGCUUUUGCAGUACCAACAGCCCGCUCCACUGGUGACUCCUUUGGCGGUCUAGCCAUCCAUUCCGGCUCUCCCAUCCACCUCUCCGCCAUCAACGCAAACGGCAACUCCUUCUGGCUCAACAAGGAAACCACUUCCUACUGCCCCAACACAACCGUCACAUCCUGCCCCGAAGGCAAAUACACCUACUUCACCAACGGCAACAACACACUCUCCCUCAGCGUCGAGGUUCCCGGCGGCCAACGCGUCUACGUCGCUGCGGAUGGCAGUCUCGGCUACACCAUUCCUCAUGGCAGCGUUAGCGGCAGCCAGAAUGUCAGCUAUACUGGAUUCAACUUGAGGGAUAGUGGUAUUCAUUUGCAGUACAAGGGUGCUGAUUGGCUUGCUGUGCCGGUUGGUGGUGCGUACAAGGUUUAUGCUGCUGCGGCUCAGAAUGCUCCUCAAAAUGGUACUAGCUUUGCUUUUAGAGUGCAGACUGUCAAUGCCACUUUUGGUGCUUGGGAGUAUUGA